AGCAAAAACCUGUCUUUGAAUCCAAGUCUCUCUCUCUCUCUCCCCUCUGCUUGUUCGCCAUUGCUACGAAGUACUACUACUCACACUAUUCCCUUUUCUUUUUCAAUGAGCGAGUUUGCUUCGACGGGUUGUUGAUAAAUCCCAGGUUGCUGUCCAUUUGAGUGUAAUCUCAGCAUUUACUUUCUGUUCUUCCGAUUCAUUUUUCUUUCUCCUAGUCUUGCUCUUUGUUCUUGAGCUCCGAAAGAUCCCAUUUUGUAGAGAAAUCCUCGUUCCCUUCAGAUUUUUCUUUUCCGGCGGUUAUUGGUUGUCGGAGUGUUUGUUUGGUGAGAAAAUCUUGGGGUUUUCCCCCUUUAAUGAGGUGAAUUUGAGGGAACCUUGGUAGGAAAAUGGGAUCUUGCUGUUCUUCUGUUCUCCAGCUGUCUCUUGUUCUUGGUUUCUUCCUCCUUUCCUGUGAUUCGUUUCCCUCUGAUGAAGUUGAAGCUCUUAAAAGCUUCAAGGAAUCCAUUUAUCAGGAUCCUUUACUAGUUACCACCAAUUGGAAUGCCCCGAACUCGAGCCCCUGCGAUUGGACCGGCAUUUCUUGCUCUCCAUUUCAUGAUCAUGUCAUCAAGAUAAACAUAUCAGCUUCAUCAGUUAAAGGGUUUCUUGCUCCGGAACUCAGUCAAAUUACAUACUUGCAAGAACUGAUUCUGCACGGGAACGUUCUGAUGGGGACGAUACCAAAGGAGAUAGGAAAGCUGAAGAAUCUCAAGGUCUUGGACUUGGGAAACAAUCUGUUAACAGGACCGAUCCCAGCAGAGCUUGGGAAUUUGUCCAGUAUUAUGAUAAUAAACCUUCAGUCUAAUGGUUUGACGGGAAAGUUGCCUCCAGAGCUCGGUAACUUGAGGUACCUUAAGGAACUUCAUCUAGACAGGAACAGGCUUCAAGGAAGUCUUCCGGUUACUGAACAAUCAGAAUACCCAUCGAGAAUGUUUGCUUCAAGCACGAAUACAAUCGGACUGUGCAAGUCACCUCUACUAAAAGUGGCUGACUUUUCCUACAAUUUCUUCGUGGGAAGCAUUCCUAAGUGCCUGCAGUACCUUCCAAUAACGAGCUUCCAAGGGAACUGCUUGCAAGACAAAGAUCCUAAACAGCGGCCUCCUACUCAAUGUGGCGGUGGUGUUCCACUGGUUAAAGCUCGUAAAAGUCCAAGCCUCGACCCUAAGCACCGACCAGCUGAAACAGUGUCAAAGCAUCAUAGAGCAUCAAAACCCACAUGGCUUCUGUCUCUAGAGAUAGUCACAGGAACGAUGGUCGGUAUCUUCCUCCUUGUUGGGGUUCUCUCUGCAGUUCACAGGUGCAACAACAGGUCCUCCCUCAUCAUUCCCUGGAAGAAAUCAGGAAGUGAAAAGGACAAGUUCAGAGCAUACAUAGAUUCUGAAAUGUUGAAGGGUGUCACAAGAUUCACAAGACAAGAGCUUGAAGUGGCAUGCGAGGAUUUCAGCAAUAUAAUUGGUUCUUCUGCAGAUAGUCUGGUCUACAAAGGAAAUAUCAAAGGAGGGCCGGAGAUUGCUGUGAUAUCUCUUUGCAUCAAAGAAGAAGAUUGGACUGGUUACCUCGAGCUUUAUUUCCAGAGAGAGGUUGCAGAUUUGGCUAGACUCAACCACGAGAAUGCAGGAAAAUUACUGGGAUACUGCAAAGAGAGAGCGCAAUUUACAAGGAUGCUUGUUUUCGAAUACGCGUCAAAUGGAACACUAUACGAGCACCUUCACUAUGGAGAAGCAUCCUUGUUAUCAUGGGCCAGACGAAUGAAAAUCGUCUUAGGCAUUGCUCGUGGUCUCAAGUACCUUCAUACAGAACUUGAUCCUCCAUUCACAAUAUCUGAGUUGAAUUCAAGCGCAGUAUAUCUCACAGAAGAUUUUACCCCAAAGCUGCUUGAUUUCGAGUGCUGGAAGACAAUACUUGCGAGAUCAGAGAAGAACUCAAGAAAUAUUAGCAGCCAGGGUGCUAUGUGCGUGCUACCGAAUGCGAUGGAGCGUAGGCAUCUGGAUUUACAGGGGAAUAUCUACGCGUUCGGUGUCCUUUUAUUGGAAAUUGUCAGUGGAAGACCUCCUUAUUGCAAAGACAAGGGUUGUCUCGUCGAAUGGGCGAAGGAAUUCCUGGAAGUGGAAGAUGGGAUGGGGAAUUUGGUGGAUCCGGAGCUGAAGCACCACUUCAAGCAGGAAGAGCUGAAGGCUAUAUGCGAAGUGGCGAGCCAAUGCAUGAACCCAGACCAGGACCAGCCAGCAAUGCAAGAGCUCUGCGAGAAACUCGAGAGCAGAAUCACUCUGUCUAUCUCGGCAGAGCUGGUGUCAUCUUCUUUGGCCUGGGCCGAGCUAGCCCUCUCCUCAUGAAGAAGAAGAAGACUCCAACGCUAACUGAAACCAACUCUGUAAAUCAUUGUAAUGUGUUUUACAUUCUUUUUUGUUUGUUUGGUCUGACGACUGUUCAACCGCCGUUUUUUUUUUUUUUUAAAUGUGAAGGAAGAGAACGUUUUGGAGAGGUAUGUGAUUCUGUCCUUCAAAAAGUAUGUGAGAUGCUAAGGGAUAGACGCAUAUAUUAAUAGGAGUAUAUGGUUAUACAAAAUCUCGGAAAAUCUUUUUAAGUUUGAUUCUCUCA